AUGACUAGUAAUAGUAAUAGAUUUCUUCGAGAGUACAAGCUUGUGGUGGUUGGUGGAGGUGGUGUGGGAAAGUCAUGUUUGACUAUCCAGCUCAUACAAAGCCAUUUCGUCGAUGAAUACGACCCUACAAUAGAAGACUCCUAUCGAAAGCAAUGCGUCAUAGAUGACGAGGUCGCCCUGCUCGAUGUACUGGAUACAGCUGGUCAAGAAGAAUACUCGGCGAUGCGAGAGCAAUAUAUGCGCACGGGCGAAGGAUUUCUACUGGUCUACUCAAUCACAUCACGGCAAAGCUUUGAAGAGAUCUUGACAUUCCAACAACAAAUACUGCGAGUGAAGGACAAAGACUACUUUCCCAUCAUCAUAGUGGGUAACAAAUGCGAUCUGGACUCAGAGCGAGAAGUCUCAAGGCAAGAGGGUGAGCAGCUAGCUCGCCAGUUCGGCUGCGCCUUCAUUGAGACCUCCGCAAAAUCCCGCAUCAACGUCGACAACGCCUUCUUCAAUAUCGUCCGCGAAAUCAGAAGAUACAACAAAGAGAUGUCAUCCUAUCCAGCGGGCGGAGGAGGGCCCAGUACGUCCCGGCCGCCACAGGACAGUUCAGACAGCGCGGGCUGCUGCGGUGGGAAGUGCAUUGUGAUGUGA